ACCGGGUACUUUGGUAGCGCAUGCGUGGAGUGCCAGUGGACCUCCGCAUUAAAAUUUGCUGCGUUGAGAUAGGAAAAAAGCCAUAGUUCCAAAAAUAACUGUUUUGAGCACCUCUCCGUUGUCUUUAAGGCAGUAGAUGUAGACUGAAUUUUGAAUUGGUUGCUUCUCAUUAUCAGGUCUCAUUUUGAACUUGGUGUUAUUAAUACAAAUGACAGGUUGUCAAUAUGGAGAAAGGAUUUGAAGUACGAAAACCUCCUGGAAACGCUAGCCCAGCAGUGUGGUCUCCUUCCUCAUCUACGCCAAAGAUUGGUAGCUCUAACCCCUUUUUUUGGUGGCAUAAAUGGGACACCAAAUUCGCCACAUAGCCCAAUGUCAAGUGGUACACCCUCGACUCCAGGUACUUCUGGACCGUACUGGAACAACCAGUCACCGAGAACACAAGAAGUAGGAAGACAACAAUAUUCAAAUUCACCGUCACUAACCCAACAACUCCAAAGGGUGGUGUUCCAAUAUUCCCCGGUUCAAUUGGUCAAAUGCCUUCACCAGUUGCUAAAAAUUUAACAAAAGCACCAAGUUCUGUCCCUCCACCUCCUCCACCGCCUCCUCCCCCACCAGGAACAGAUGGUAUGCCCACAUGGAGGGAAAAACAAAGAAUGGCCAACAGAGAUUAUGAGAGCUCCAGUCCUCGGACAUCUCAAAGAAACGCCAAUAACUUAGAGGAUGACACCGACCAGCAAUACAGUAAUUUACCUUCCAAACUGUAUGGGACAUUAAAAAAAGACAAAAAGCCUUUUACUUACACUCCCGGAGGUAUCGAUUUAUCAGAGAUCAGGUCACCUCGUAUGGCCAAGAGGAUUAUAGCCAACCAACAAGAUCCUGGUGUGGCUGCUAAACCUAAACCUCCUGGUGCCCUAGUUCAGGCUGAGGUCCACACCCCAGAAAACCGCGUUCCAUCACAAACAAUACCUACGAGGCAACCAGUGUUACCAGUAAUGAUAAACCAACAGCCAGUGUUACCACCACUGUCAAAUCCAUCUUACUCCACGGGUCCGAAAUUAACCCCUCAAAAACAGAAAGUGGAUGCUUACCCUACAGAAUAUGUUGAUGAAUCAUACAAUACACAAAGAGAGAAUACAUCCCGGCAAUUGCAAGGUUUAAAUCUAGCUAAUAAUGAAAAAGAUCCAUACUAUUUUGAGCCUCCGGAGCAGUACCCAAAAACUCUUCCUCCAAGUCACGGUAUACGCCACGAUUUGGAUUCCCAGGAACCAAGAAAUUUUGGACAAUCACGUUCUUUCCGUGUUCUUCAAAAAAUUACAAGCACCGAUGAAUCUGAUGCCCAAAAAGAAAGUUAUGAUAACCCUGAGCAGUUGGAUGAAACUGUUAUCGAACCUCGUUACAAAGGAGGAAAUAUACCAUCUUACGCUUUCAAAAUUCUGCAAGAGAUGACAGGGAGCAACGAAGGAGAAGUACCUCAGUCGCCCUCUGCAGUUCAUCCGAACAGAAGAGCUUCUAAAACUCAAAUGCAUGUACUAGACCCCCAACAGCCACUUCCUCCAAAACAGUUCCCUCAUCCGGAAGUACCCGCCUCACAACUUCCUAGCGAGCCCGAACCAAAGAAAUACACUGGUGGAAGCAUCCCAUCACGGUCUUUCCGAAUGCUUCAGACGAUGACAGGAGGAGAUCCAGAAGCAACUGGGCCUGAAGGAACAGAUUUUUAAGGUAAAAAAGAUGUUUUGCAGAUAAAGUUGUGAUAUUACAUAACCGCUUGGCCUGGCUGAAAGAAAUGUGCUUCAGCAAACCGGAAAACAACUGGAAGCUUAAUGUCUUUCCCUGUCUUCGUCUCAAUAGUAGAAGGAAAAAAAAAAGGUGUUGUGCUGAAGAAAAAUGGACGAACUAAACCGUUCUCGUAUUGUUGUUGUUGUUUCGUUUUUAUGUACAAAAUUGUCUAACUUUCCCAAGAAAGCCACCCCCCCCCAAAAAAAAAACAUACAAAUAGCGCGUUUGAUACAUCUUUGAUUAGAAUCCAAAAUCUAGGUGCUGACUUAUUGUACGUGUAUAUUAUAUUGCUACUUUUUUACUAGCUCUAAUUUCAUAGUACAAUUUGUGGAUUCGAGAAAAUUUAGCGAAGUAAAACUCGAGAAAAAAAUUGUUUAUGCACGUCAUUCGUUGAUUUUAAAAUGCAAAUUUUUAUUAAUACUGUGUUAUAUGAUACAGUAUUAAACGCUAUGGUUAAAGUCCUAAUUUUUGAUAUAACUCUGAAUAUAUUCAACUGGGUCUGUAAAUUUCGUCUUCUGUGAGAAAUACAUUCGCUUUUAUCCUAUUUUACAAUUUUUACCAUACAAGCUAACUAUUAUGAUUAUCUAUAUAGAAUUAAAAGCUAAUAGGUAUAUAGAGAGCAGUAAACUCGCUGUAAAUCUUUUAAUAAAACAUGAAUAUCACUAUUUUCAGGAGCCAGGAUAUACUAUAUUUUACACUUUUCCCACUUUUCUAGAAAUGUAUUGGUUUUUAAGUCUGAAGAUACUAACAAAGCACCAAAUUUCAUCAAAGGUGAAUUGACUGUGUCGGUGACUAGGUUUCACGAUAUUCAAUAUUAUUAAUGUUCUGUUAUAAGGGGGUGUUGUUAUUUAUUUUACUGGAAAAAAGUAACAACAUCAAAUGCUGACGUAUUUAUAAUGUAAUUUAUUAUUGUCGGAGAACACUUUUUGUUGGUUGUUUUUUCAUUGGGAGCGUUUAAUUUGUUAAAACGUAGUUUUAUAAUAAUAGAAGUUUGAAGGCUCUUUAUCAGCUUGUUAGAUGUGCCAGAUUGUCUCAUAAUAUUAUCGUCUUGAUAGAAACAUUUCAUUGGUUAUCUAGUCAUAUUGCAUCAUUAUUAUUCAACUCCUGCACUAUAUAUUAUGAACUAUGAAUACGUUGUUCGUUUAUGUUUCAGUGAAAUAUUGAUUACUGUAUUUUGCAUUUCUUUUUUUCUCUGUUAAACUAACAAAAGAUAAAUAUACAAAAACGUUUUUGUAUUAACUCCUAGUUAUAUUACCAUUUCACUUUAAACAUUUAUGAGCGGUUUUACCAAAAGAAUAUCAUAUAAAUGAAAAGCUUGAGCUCAAACUCAUCAUUUAACAGCCAUGUAUCUAUUGAACAGAAACAGUUAUUUUACUGAAAUCAGAUUAUUGUGAAACUUCAUACUGCUUCUACAGUUUGAUAGUGUAGUGCCUGAUUUGUUGCUUUACAACUGUUUUGACUACAGAUUAGGAAGAAAAACGAGAGAUAUAAAAUCGUUUUUGGUUGCUGUUUCAUCUAGAUAAAAUCUCAAAGUGUCCACCGGGCAUGUAAAAUAAAUAUAUGCAAGAUGUGUGAAGAAAUUAGUGUGACUAAUUAGAUGUUAGUGUAUACACUGAGAACCUGUUUGUAUAGAACUUUAAAGCGACAUGACCAUCGGCUGUUCGUUCAAUAAACCAGUGUAAGUAGA